AUGGGAUCAUUCUCGGAAACACUCAAGGUCGACGCCCUUGUCGUCGGAGCCGGAGUUGGGGGCAUUUACUCAACCUACCGACUCUCUCAAGCAGGGCUCAAAGUUCAAUGCAUUGACAUGGCCGGAGAUGUCGGUGGCACGUGGUACUGGAACACUUACCCGGGCGCCAUGAGUGAUACUGAGACCUACUUAUACCGCUAUUCUUGGGAUAAGGAAGACUUGAUAUCCUAUCCUUGGUCGCGGCAUUAUGUUUAUCAAACCGAGAUCCUCGACUACCUGCGCCACGUCGUGAAGAAGCACGAUCUCCGAAAGUAUAUGCGUUUCAAUAUCGAGAUGGAGCAAGCCUCUUGGGAUGACCAAGCUGGGGUCUGGGUAGUAUUAUGCACGGACGGACUGGUUAUCCAUGCCCGUUACCUGGUGAACUGCCUGGGCCUCCUGUCAAAGCCCAACUACCCCGAUAUUCCCGGUAUCUCAUCAUUUGCGGGAGACACUAUCCACACGGCUAAGUGGGAUCACAAUGCAAAUCUGGAAGGGAAGAGGGUUGGCAUCAUUGGCAACGGCUCUACGGGUGUUCAAGUCAUGACAGCUAUCGCAUCCAAGGUUGGCCGCCUGAUCUCGUUUCAACGACAUCCACAGUACUCGGUUCCAAGCGGACAGGGUGAGAUCCCGGCUGGAUAUCGAGACAAGAUCAACAAGAACUACGACAAGAUCUACCAAACCGUGUGGUCCUCCUCUAUGGGAUUCGGCGUCCCUGAAUCCACUCGCAAGACAAUGGAGGCGACACCUGAAGAGCGUCGUCGGGCUUUCCAGGAGGUCUGGGAUCAAGGAAAUGGAUUUCGCUUCAUGUUCAGCGCAUUUGGAGACAUCACAACUAACCCUAAAAAGGCAAAAGCGCUAAAGCCAAACGACCUAUACGCUCGUCGUCCCCUUUGCGAUUCGGGCUACUACCAAAUCUUCAACCGGGAUAAUGUAGAUAUUGUUGACCUUCGAGAGACACCAAUUGAAGAGGUCUGUCCGUCCGGUAUCAAGACAAAGGACGGCGGUCUUCAUGAGCUUGACGUCCUCAUCUUUGCCACUGGCUUUGAUGCAAUUGAAGGCAACUAUCUCCGCAUUAAGAUAACUGGCCGCGAGGGCAAGUCAAUCCACAAGCACUGGGAGAACGGCUCGAUGGCAUAUGGCGCGGUCGCAUGUAAUGGUUUUCCCAACAUGUUCCUCGUGUCCGGACCUCAGGGCGCGUUUGCAAACUUCCCAGCAGUCAUCGAGAGUGAGGUCGACUUCAUCACAGAAUGCAUCCUGCAUGCCGAGAAGAGCAAAAGAGAUAGGGUUAUGGAGGUUUCCAAUAAGGCUGAACAGCAGUGGAGCGAUCUUUGCGAUCAGCUAGUGGAGGGGUCGCUGUUCAAAACAACCGCUAGCUGGAUCUUUGGCGCCAAUGUUCAGGGUAGAAAGUCGAGCACCAAGUUCUACUUUGGCGGCCUUGGUGGCUACCGGGAGUGGGCGCGCAAGGAGAUCGCGGCAGGGUUUCCAGGCUUCAAUGCGGCCUGA